UUUUUUUUUGCAAGUGAAAGUGAUGUUGAGAGUUGAAAAGGGAGAGUUUAAACGUGGCACUGUCCUUUUAAGACGAGUGUCCCUCCCCGGGUUGAAGGUUUGACGGAGCCGCUGCCUCUGGCAUCCUCAUUGGUCUGGCUGAUGACAACAAGCUGUUUGAAAAAGGUGUAGCCACGGCCACCAAGGAAAUAGUGAACCUUGCACUUUAUAACAAAUCAAUCUGGCGUAGACGAGAACAGUGGUUAUCGCCGUGAACAGGAAACAUUACUGCAUGGACGCUCAAGUCCCAACAUGCCCAAGUACAGCAGGCAGCAGGUGUCCCUUGAAGAUUGGCCCGUCUAAUAAAUGAGAAAAAAGAAAUGUGUUGGGAUUUCAAUUGAACACCUUCCCAAAACAAGGUCCUCCGAGAGAAGAGGUGUGAGAUGGAGAGAGAGAAGAAGAAGAAGAGGGAAUGGAGGAGAGGAAGUGGACAAGAGAAAGCGGAGGGUGAGAAUCGAGUCGGUGGUGGAACCAUGGAGACGGGACAUGAUCCUCUUGAUCAGAUGAGGAAUAAGACUGUCAACUUUCCCAUAGAUAAGAUGACCCACCAUCUUGGAGAGGAACUGUCACUUAGCGAAGGACAGACAGAGGGAGAAACUGACAGUGUGUCUCAAGUUAGAAACAAAGAAGAAAUGGGAAUCCAAACGGGGACGGAGAAGAUGGACGAAAUGAAUAAAGGACUGAUAACAGUUACAGACCGAGAUAAAGAUGACGACCCUGUCUCCAUCCCUCCUGCUCCCUCCAUCCCUCCUGCUCCCUCCAUCCCUCCUGCUCCCUCCAUCUCUCCUGCUCCCUCCAUCUCUCCUCCUCUCUCCAUUUCCACCUUCUCAUCCCCCUCUCCCUCCUUCCUGCCUCCUCUCUCCUCCUCGUUCUCUCCCGUCCCGUCCCUCACCCCUCCCCUUCCCCCGUCAGUAGAGCUGUGUGCGGUGCUCACCGACACUAGACUGACUCUGGAUGUAUACCAGGGCGGGACUGCUGUGCUCCAGGUACUGUGGGUGUCUGUCCCUGGGCAGCUGAGGGGCCUGCAGUACCUCCGACUGGGCUCGGAGGACAAGGGGGCGCUAGAGGGAGCCCUGGAGGUCCUACCGCACCUCACACAGCUACGCUCACUGGCUAUUAGAGGGCACUGUUUCCAUGACGCCCAUGGUGACCCCCUCCCCGGCCUCCUCACCUCUCUUCCUCCCUCUCUCUCAUCCCUUUCUCUCCUUGUCCACCUGGACCUCUCCUUCAACCUCCUCUCCUCCUUCCCUCCCUGCCUCCUCACCCUCCCCCUCCUCUCCACCCUCCUCCUGGGUCACAACCACCUCACUGAUCUCCCCCCCUCCUUCGGUCCUCUCCCUGCCCUCCGCUACCUCUCUCUCCUGGGGAACUGUCUGGCCUCUCUCCCCCCCAGCCUGGGCCAGCUGAAGAGCCUCCGCACCCUGGAUGUCUCCAAUAACCUCCUGGAGACAUUACCUGAGGAGAUCGGUGCGCUGGAGGAGCUGGUUAAACUGGAGCUGUCACACAACAGGCUAAAGAGGCUGCCUGAGACCAUGGGCUGUCUCCUGUCUCUCAGGGACCUGGUGAUCCACAGUAAUGACCUGCGUUUUCUCCCAGCCUGUCUCUGUCUGGACAAACUGGAUAAGUUAAAGGUAGAUGUAAGGAACAACCCCCUGGGAAGACCCCCAACCCCUCCACCACUACCACCCACACCUGACCAGGUGGAAACCGGCAUCCCAGAGCUACACCUUGGACCGAAUCGACACAGGUUCUGUGUGUCGUCUGCUGGUUGUCAUGUGUUCCUCCCAGGGGGAGCGGAGCUACUGUUUCCCUCGGGUUGCCUAGCGACGACCACCACGCUGCAGUGGGCGGAGCGUAUGCCAGACAGGAAAUGGGUGUGGCUAGAGGAGCAUGACUUCCUGCUGAGUCGAUCACUGGAACUCCUCCCACACAGGAUCUCCUUCUUAAAGCCAGUGGAGGUGUGUGUACCGUACCACCGGUCCAGGAGAGGGGAGGUGGUAGUGAGGAGGUUUGAUGGACAUCAGUGGAGUACACUAUCCACUGAGACCAGAAGGGGCAGUAUAGGACACAGCAGCCACCCCGGAGGACGACCUGCCAGGCUGGCCUGCGUCUCAGUGAGACAAUUCUCCUGGUUUGUGGCAGUGGGUCGUCCAGUCAGGGACAGUUGCUCUGUGACACCAGAGGGGGCGCUGUUGGUGUCACGUACAGACGGAGGGAUCAAACUGACAUUCCCCCCGGACUGCACUGUUCAGACACGCACCAUCACUCUACAGGUGUUACAGGUGUCUGUCACUGAGGUCCAGACGUUGUGUGGAGACCCUCAGGCCAAAGUCAGUCCCCUCCUCUGUCUCUCUCAAGACCCCAGCAUCCAAUUCCUCCAGCCAAUCAAGGUGCAGGUCCCUCUGCCGACUGGACUCACUGGUCAUACAGUAGAUCUGUCCUGUCUCCACCUGCUUCAUGGAGACCCCAGCGCCCACACCUGGACAGACAUAACCUCACAGGUGUCCCUCUACGUCACACAGCUCUACGCUGUCUUCUACAUCACCCACUUCUCCUGGUACUGGCUGUGGUACACUACCCAGCGCUGUGUUAGCGGUGUGGUCCGUAGGGUCUAUCAGAGACUGAAGCAGUUUCAGGUCCAGUUCCUGGUGCUACAGAGGAGAACAGACCCCAAACAGGUUCUGCUACAGUGCCUGCCUGCUGACAAGGUGGACAACAGAGUGCAGUCUCUGUCAGAGCAGUACGAUGGCCCACAACCCUCAGACCUCUGUGACCUGUUGGAGGGAGAGCAGUUCUUCGCUGGCUUCGAGAGGGGCCUAGACGUCAGCGCAGACAGACCAGACUGUGCGGAAGGGAGGCUGUCGUUUGUCUUCUACUCUCGGUUGAAGAAUCUCAAAGAGGUGUACGUCUGUCCUACACAGAAGCAGGAGGGGUCAAUCAGGGGCCAGGUGUCUUUCUAUCGAGGGGAGGUUCCCAGUGACAUACCACAGGAAGUGGCCAGGAAAAGGAAAGGACACGACAGCCAAUGGCUGGCCACCUUACCACUCAGACUUCCUGGCCUGAACUCAGAGGGUGGUAGUAAUGGUAUGGACUGGGAGCAGCCCCAGUACCCUCCGCUGAACCUGGGAGACCCAGAGAGCGGGUAUCUGACUGAGGCUAACCUGCUGGCCAUCUCCCUGCAGAUCGGACAGGACUGGAGGUCCAUCGGUAUCAACCUGGGAAUCAGCUACCAGGAGCUGGACCGCAUACAGUACAAAUACAGAGACAACCUAGGGGCCCUGGUGUUGGAGAUGCUGUUCCACUGGGCCCGGGGUCAGCAGCAGGAGGGUGUUGGGUCACGUCCCGCUGGAGGUCCAGGCCAGCAGGAUAUUGGUGCAGUGCCCAGGUUGGUAGAUGCCAUGGUGGAGAGCGGCAGGAGGGACCUGGCUGAGGAGAUUAAAGACAUAGUGAGGCUUGGAACCCGGAAGUAUAAUGAGUCACUGAGGAGGGUGGGCCUAGAAGAGGAAGAGAAGAGGCCUUCCACAGACACAGAUCCCUCACCGUCACACUGAACCAACUGACAGAGGAAGUAUAAUGAGUCACUGAGAAGAGUGGGGUUACAGGAAGAGACCAGCUCAUCUUCACACUGAGGAAGAGGGGGGUUACAGGAAGAGGAGAUGACUGAAGUCAGUAAAACACUGGGGUUUAAAGUAACUGUUUCUAUGAAAUGUGACCUAUAAUUAAUUACGAUAUGAGUGAAAUAGUCUUCCUUCUAAAUAGUUUUAUUUAAAUAUGUUAAAAAGCAACUUUUCUGUGUUGUAAUGGUGUGGGCGUAUAUGGUCAUUGAAAAUAUUCACGUAAGUAGAACGCUGAUUGGAUAUAGCAAGCAUUUUUUAAACUUUCUGUUUUUAGAUACAAGUUUAAAGUGGGUUUUUUAAAGUGUUUUGUCUCCAAUUUAUGCUCUGGCCACAAAUACGAGUAUUGAAUAAGUCAACAACAUUAUUUGGGUAUGAGUUAACAGAAUAUGGACUUUUAAAUUUGAGAUUUUCACUGGACAGUUACUUGAAUCCCAUGGAAAGCCUCAGGCCGGACCAACCGGUUCUGCAGUGGAAAGCCUCAGGCCAGACCAACCGGUUCUGCAGUGGAAAGCCUCAGGCCGGACCAACCGGUUCUGCAGUGGAAAGCCUCAGGCCGGACCGACCGGUACUGCAGUGGAAAGCUUUAGGCCGGACCGACCGGUACUGCAGUGGAAAGCUUUAGACCGGACCGACCGGUACCGCAGUGGAAAGCUUUAGGCCAGACCGACCGGUACUGCAGUGGAAAGCCUCAGGCCGGACCGACCGGUACUGCAGUGGAAAGCUUUAGGCCGGACCGACCGGUACCGCAGUGGAAAGCUUUAGGCCGGACCGACCGGUACUGUAGUGGAAAGCCUCAGGCCGGACCGGCCGGACCAACCGGUACUGCAGUGGAAAGCCUCAGGCCGGACCAACCGGUUCUGCAGUAGAAAGCCUCAGGCCAGACCGACCGGUUCUGCAGUGGAAAGCCUCAGGCCGGACCGACCGGUACUGCAGUGGAAAGCCUCAGGCCGGACCGACCGGUUCUGCAGUGGAAAGCCUCAGGCCGGACCAACCGGUUCUGCAUUAGAGACAUGGACAAACUGAGCUGAGAACAUCAGCUGUAGAGAGACAUGGACUAUUUCAGUUGUUUGUUCCAGCCCUGCUCAGCUGCAGAGAUGGUGGCUCCACACUAGGUACAGAUGGCCGUCUUACACUUGACUAACUUGAACACCCGCCAUGUGUGGUACGGUCUGGAUGGUGUGUACCAUCACCCAGCCGCCAGCCAUUCAGCUGCUCUAAUGGAGGCUGUUAGAACUGUAGCACAGAGAGGAAGGAAAACAACACAUGCUGCUGACAAGGAUGGGGUCAAUGUCAAUUCCAGUUCAUUCAGGAAGCACACUGAAAUUAUUAUUCUCUUUUUAAGUUUUCAAUUAGCAAAAUGUGGAAUUUGAAUUUUUGUUUACUUUCUGAAUUGACUAGAAUUGAAAUUAAAUUGACACCAAACCUGUUUGUUGGACUGGUGUUUUAUUCAAAUCCUGGCACCUCUAUUGAACAGUGUGUUCUUGACUUGCUGAUAAACAGACAGAUGAAGGAAUGGACUCAUCACUCUUGUGUUCUAGUCCUGUUAUUUGUGGCAUAAUUCCUGUCAGAUAUACAAUAUACACCUGUUGAAAUCACCAGAGGAGGUCUUUGUAAACCUCCUGUUGCCUCUGAGCUGAACUGUGAAGUGAUUCAUUUGUGAUGUUAUGAAACAGUGCCUUGCAAAAGUAUUCAUCCCCCUUAGCAUUUUUCCUAUUUUGUUGCAUUACAACCUGUAAUUUAAAUGGAUUUUUAUUUGGAUUUCAUGUAAUGGACAUACACAAAAUAGUUCAAAUUGGUGAAGUGAAUUCAAAAAAAGAACUUGUUUAAAAAAAAUCUAAAUCUAAAUGAUUAAAAAUGGAAAAGUGGUGCCUGCAUAUGUAUUCACCCUCUUUGCUAUGAAGCCCCUAAAUAUGAUCUGGUGCAACCAAUUACCUUCAGAAGUCACAGAAGCACCAUUAAAUCCAUUAUUAACAAAUGGAAAUAAUAUGGCACUACAACAAACCUGCCAAGAGAUGGCUGCCCACCAAAACUCACGGACCGGACAAGGAAGGCAUUAAUCAGAGAGGCAACAAAGAUAACCCCGGAGGAGCUGCAAAGCUCCACAGUGAAGAGUAUCUGUCCAUAGGACCACUUUAAGUGGACCACUCCAUAGAGCUGGGCUUUACGGAAAAGUGUCCAGAAAAAAGCCAUUGCUUGAAGAAAAAAAUAAGCAAACACGUUUGGUGUUCGCCAAAAGGCAUGUGGGAGACUCCCCAAACAUAUGGAAGAAAGUACUCUGGUCAGAUGAGACUAAAAUUGAGCUUUUUGUCCAUCAAGGAAAACGCUAUGUCUGGCGCAAACCCAACAUCUGUCAUCACCCCGAGAACCUCAUCCCCAGUGAAGCAUGGUGGUGGAAGCAUCAUGCUGUGGGGAUGUUUUUCAUCAGCACGGACUGGGACACUGGUCGCUCUGGAUAAGAGCGUCUGCUAAAUGACUUAAAUGUAAAUGUAAUGUAAAUGGUCAGAAUUGAAGGAAUGAUGGAUGGUGCUAAAUAUAGGGAAAUUCUUGAGGGAAACCUGUUUCAGUAUUCCAGAGAUUUGAGACUGGGACGGAGGUUCACCUUUCAGCAGGACAAUGACCCUAAGCAUACUGCUAAAGCAACACUCGAGUGGUUUAAGGGGAAACAUUUAAAUGUCUUGGAAUGGCCUAGUCAAAGCCCAUACCUCAAUCCAAUUGAGAAUCUGUGGUAUGACUUAAAGAUUGCUGUACACCAGCGGAACCCAUCCAACUUGAAGGAGCUGGAGCAGCUUUGCCUGGAAGAAUGGGCAGAAAUCCCAGUGGCUAGAUGUGCCAAGCUUAUAGAGACAUACCCCAAGAGACUUGCAGCUGUAAUUGCUGCAAAAGGUGUCUACAAAGUAUUGGCUUUGGGGGGGUGAAUAGUUAUGCACCCUUAAGUUCUGUUUUUCUUGUCUCAUUUCUAGUUUGUUUCACAAUAAAACAUAUUUUUCAUCUUCAAAGUGGUAGACAUGUUGUGUAAAUCAAAUGAUACAAACCCCCCCCCAAAAAAAUUGUUUUUAUUUUAAUUCCAGGUUGUAAGGCAACAAAAUAGGAAAAAUGCCAAGGGGGGUGAAUACUUUCGCAAGUCACUGUAUGCCUAAGAGUUGUGUAUGAGUUGUGUACGAGAUGUGUACGAGAUGUGUAUGAGUUGUGUACGAGAUGUGUAUGAGUUGUGUACGAGUUGUGUACGAGAUGUGUAUGAGUUGUGUACGAGAUGUGUACGAGUUGUGUACGAGAUGUGUAUGAGUUGUGUACGAGAUGUGUAUGAGUUGUGUACGAGAUGUGUUCGAGAUGUGUAUGAGUUGUGUACGACGUGGUCCCGUGUGGCUCAGUUGGUAGAGCAUGGCGCUUGCAACGCCAGGGUUGUGGGUUCAUUCCCCACGGGGGGACCAGGAUGAAUAUGUAUGAACUUUCCAAUUUGUAAGUCGCUCUGGAUAAGAGCGUCUGCUAAAUGACUUAAAUGUAAUGUAAUGUACGAGAUGUGUACGAGAUGUGUACGAGAUGUGUACGAGAUGUGUAUGAGUUGUGUACGAGAUGUGUAUGAGUUGUGUAUACCUCUACCUGGUUUAUAUGUAUUUGUACUCACAUGUUCUGUAAGUAAACCACGAUGAUGA